AGAAACCAUUUUUCUCUCAUUUCCUUUCUUCAAUUUCUUUCCGAUCUUUAUAAAGAAUUACUCGGUUUUGCGUAUAAUUAUGCAGUCCAAGUUGAACGGUACCACCAAGCAACGUUGCUUUCGCUAUACUUCAAAUGGGCUCGAGAAGUAAUCUCUUGGGAAGAUAGACUGAUUUAAGACGAAGAAGAAAGGAAGUAGAUUGGCCGCCAUUGAAGCACCACCUUUAAUUUCCCUUUUUCUUCUCAUUAAUACAUCUUAGCUUUAAACGAAAACACUCUUUUCCUUCAACCCCAGUUGCUAUUUCUCUUUGAUUCACCUCCAUUUCCCCUUUGAUUGAUCGACUGGGUUUGCAAUCCCACAUUUGAGGAGUUGGGUUUUACUGGGAAUUCCGUGAAAGGGGAAUUUGGGUUGUUGAAUACGAUUUUCUUUUGGGAAUUUGAGGUGGGUUGUUGCUAAAUUUGGAAGUGAUUUGGUGAAUUGUGAAGUUGUUGUUGCUAUAAAUGGAGAUUAAAGUAGGGACUGUAGGUGGAUCCAGUCCAAUCGGGCGUCAAUCGGAUGAUACUGGACUUGAGUCGCUUCAAUUCUGCGAAGAAAUUCAGGGGUUGAUGACGAUUCCGCCGGAAAAUGCUAGCUCCUUCACGGCACUUCUGGAACUUCCGGCGACGCAGGCUUUAGAGCUACUCCACUCGCCGGAUUCUGACGGUGCCGCGACGGCGGCUGUUGUGAACGAUGAUUCCGUUCACCACUGUAUCAAAGACGUUCCGAAACCCUACUUCAGUGCCUUCAAUUGCAAUUUGACCUUCCCGACUAACUCGGCUCUAAUUGAACGGGCUGCCAAGCUCUCGGUCUUGGCCGAAGAGCAUUCGCCGGAAACGACAAGUUCAGUGCCGUUGAAUUCGAGUGUGAAUUUGGAGAAGGUGAAGAACGAGCCCACUACUGAAACCGAUUCGAACCCUAAUCCCUUGCAGACUUUAAUCUCCGAUCCGACGGUGGAGAACAUGAACCAGAGAUCGGCGAAGAGGAAGGAGCGCGAGAAAAAGGGAAAAGGGUCAACAAAGAAGAGCAAGAACGAAAGCAACGAGGAUGCCGAAAAGCUUCCUUAUGUUCAUGUCCGAGCUCGCCGUGGUCAAGCUACAGACAGCCAUAGCCUUGCAGAACGAGCAAGGAGAGAGAAAAUUAAUGCUCGGAUGAAGCUACUUCAAGAACUGGUCCCUGGUUGCAAUAAGAUCUCAGGUACAGCCCUAGUGUUGGAUGAAAUCAUCAACCAUGUACAAUCACUGCAGCGUCAAGUGGAGUUCUUGUCAAUGAGGCUUGCAGCAGUUAACCCCAGAGUUGAUUUCAAUAUUGAUAGCAUAUUGGCUGCAGAAAACGAACCUGUACUCGAGAGCAACUUUCCGACAAUGGUAACACCAUUGAUAUGGCCAGAAAUCCCUGUAAGUGGAACAAGACAACAAUAUCAACCCCAAUGGCAUUUCGAUGUUUCAGUUAACCAGCAAGCCUGGGCGAGGGAUGAACAUAAUAAUCAUCAUAAUUUCAGUACUCCUGAAAACUCUCUUUUAAGUUAUGACUCUUCAGCAAAUUCAGCAUCUCUGCACUCAAAUCAAUUGAAGAUGGAGCUCUGAAGAGCAAACAUGAUAAUUGUUUUACUUGUAGCCAAGUAGUGUAUAUAGCCAUAUAUAUAAUAAUAGUAAUAGCAGUUAGCAGAGAAGUAGAGAAUCUUCCUCAGCUUUCAACUGGUUCUUCUUCUCCAAGGUUCUCUCUAAUUAUCAAGUUGAGAGCCGAGCGUCGACUUGGUUGGAAACCAGAUUGCUAUCAACAACAAACAACCAAAGAGGAAUGUUGGUAUCUCCAAUUCUUAAUAUCUGAAUUUUUAUGUGUAUACUAAUUUGGAGGCUCUUUUCAAGCUAAUACUGAGAUUGGCUGAUUAAAAUUGUAUUGAUUGUGAUUGCAAUUGUUAAAGUGAUUGCUACUUGACCCAUGUUCUUACUCCACUUAUUUGUGCAAACUUUGUUCUGCCA